UGGGCUGCCACGUACGCGUGCCGUAACGGAUCCCCAGCCUGUGGCUGCCGUCCAGCGGCAGGAGCUUUGACCUCAUUCCUACGCCGGACACGAAAAAACCAUUCUGGAAUCUACACCGCAAGACUCAAGACCAACAACCACAAUGGCCCCCAAGAUCCGUCACCCCGCCCCCGCCUUCACCGCUGACGCCGUCGUCGACGGAGAGUUCAAGACCGUGUCGCUGUCCGACUACAAGGGCAAGUACGUCGUGCUUUUCUUCUACCCCAUGGACUUCACGUUCGUGUGCCCCACGGAGAUCAUCGCGUUCAGCGAGAAGGCUGCGGAGUUCCGUAAGCUUGGCUGCGAGGUGCUGGGCUGCAGCGUGGACUCCAAGUUCUCGCACCUGGCGUGGAUCAACACUCCCCGCAAGAAGGGCGGUCUGGGUGAGCUGGACAUUCCUCUCCUUGCCGACUUCAACAAGGAGAUCUCCCAGGCUUACGAUGUCCUGAUCGACGUGGGCGAGGAGACCGGCGCCACCUUCCGUGGCCUGUUCAUCAUCGACGGUGAGGGCAAGCUUCGUCAGAGCACCAUCAACGACUGCCCCGUGGGUCGCAACGUGGACGAGAUCCUUCGUCUGGUGGAGGCCUUCCAGUUCACGGACGAGCACGGUGAGGUGUGUCCGGCUGGCUGGAAGAAGGGCAAGAAGACGAUCAAGCCCACGGUGGACGCGUCGAAGGAGUACUUCGAGGCUGCCAACUAAGCGAGACCUAGAUGUACAAGCUCCGGGUUUCCACAUGAGUAGCGACAAGCAUAGAUAAGUCGCAAUACAACCGACUGAUAUGUCGUAAAUCAGAAGACAUAGUAAGAAUGUCAUAGCCGUCACUUGCGCCGGGAACUCUGAAUUGCAUGAAUAUGGGACCCCUGGUCAUAAUGGCGUUGCAUUUAUAUCUGGGGGCUCUACAGUAAGUAUUCCACAUCUUGCUCACGCAUUGCGAUGCCAAACUCAAGUACAAAGUUGUUGGGUAAAACCAGCUAUGUAUUUUAUUAAUUUGACACAGCACUCUAUCUUGUUGUCUACAAGUUAGACGCUUUACAGAGCAC